UUUCUAUCGUUUCGGGUGUAGAGUUUCAACUUUCACCGACAGUAACGAAUUGAAUGAGUUAGAUGGGUGAAUUGAAUGGAUGAGACCAAUCGAGCAGAGAAGUCGGCUCUCUCUGCACUCAUGUACGUGAUUUAACACGUAACUAUUGCAGGGACCUCACAAGUCGAGACAUCCAGCUUUAAAUCAUCACCCAAAUGUUUAACUUCUCUUACACUCAAGGCAAAAAGCUCCAGCGAUAUGAAGUUGCAGCUGCAGAUCUUCUGUUUGAUCUUCGCCACACUUUGGGUGGGAUGCCUGUGCACUCAUGGAAAUGCAGGCAAGGCCUCUAAAGAAGGAUGCUUCAAAACACUCUUUCAAUUCGGAGCAUCGCUCUUCGAUACAGGAAAUGCAGUCAUUGCAUUUCCACGACAGGCAUUUCAGCCCACCAGGCUGCCUUAUGGCUCCACUUUCCCUGGCUAUCCAGCCAACCGAUUUUCAGAUGGAAAGCUCAUCAUCGAUUAUUUAGCGGAUGCUUUCAAAUUGGAACUGCUUCAUCCUUAUCUCGAGAGUGUGGGGCCCGAGACGACGAACAGAACGGUAAGAGACUACAGGAGAGGAGUGUGUUUCUCGGUGGCCAUGGCAACUGCACUGUCUGUGGAAGAAUUAAAUUCCACAGGAAUUGAGGGCAAAAAACUAGCGUUGAAUCCUUUUACUUCUGAUUCACAAUUCGAGUGGUUUCAAUAUUUCAGGGAGCGCGCUUUGGAAAGCGGAACCAAGUCUAGAGGAAAUUUAAGCGCUGUUUUACCCAGUAAAGAGGCGAUGGUAAACGCGCUUUAUCUUCCAGGAGAGUUCGGCGUUAAUGACUACCGCGUGGGUUUACUGUCUGGUCUAAGGGUUGCAGAGCUGAAGAAGAAAGUGCCUUCAGUCGUUCACAAGAUCGUCACUCUAGUCAAGAAGCUCCAUGGGACAGGUGCCAGGAAUUUCCUGGUUGUUGGGGUCCCACCUCAGGGAUGCAGCCCAUUUUACUUGACAGUGUUGAGCGGAAGCAAAGACCGAUAUAACUGCCUGGUUGAGGUGAAUGAAAUCCAUCGUCUACACGAGACAAUGCUAAAAGUGGCACUGCGAGACCUGCGGGAACAGCUGAGGGACUCGAACAUAAUGUUUGCGGACUAUUACAGGGCGUUCAUGAGCGUGAUCAAACAUCCUUCAAAGCAUGGAAUGAAAGUGAGAAAUGUUGCCUGCUGUGGUGGGGGUGGAGAGUACAACUACAAUCCUGCGGCUGUUUGUGGAACGAACUCUUCAAGGCGAUGUUCAGAGCCGGAAAAUCACAUGUAUUGGGAUGAUUUCCAUCCAACUGAUGCGCUCAACAAAAUAAUCGCUGCUAAAUUUGCUUCCGGGAAAUAUGUUGAACCUCCAAACGUCUCGCUAGGCUGUUCCUGAGCACUAAUAGUAUAUUUCUUAGAUGUUUGUAAUGGCAGGUCCCCUCUUCGUGGAAACAAAAGUGUUGUGUCGUGGAAACAAAAGCUGUGGCUUUAGAUAUCUCUAUAAUUAUAUGGCUCAGGGAUGCUAUCUUCUAUGUUUUCUAUGUCUCAUAGGUUUCUCGAUCUUAUAGAACUGGGCUUAUUAUCGUACUAAAUGUAUUGAAGAUAACGAUGGGUACCGUUUCUAUGUUAAAGCUUCUUUAUAAUAUUAUAUGUAAAAAUGGGAGAGGGCCCUUAUUGUUGUUUAAA